UGCACAAAACCCACCAAACAGUGUUUCUUUCUACCAUCAAUCCCAUCGACUCCUAACCAAAAUGCAAUCCUACCCCGGCUCCUGCUUCUGUCACAAAAUAACCUAUAACCUUAACCUCUCAUCUCCAGACGAUGCCCGCACGUCCCUCUGCCAUUGUCGCAGCUGCAAGAAAGCUUUCGGAACAAACUACGGUCUAACCGCCAAGGUCCCCAAGGAUGCUCUUCAGAUCACAUCUGGCACGCUCAAGGAGUAUGUGGGCGAUAAUGGGUCUGGGAGUAUGAUUCAUCGGGAGUUUUGUGGGGAUUGUGGGAGUUAUAUUUGCGAGUAUGGGGAUGCGGUCAAGAAUGACUUCCGGUAUAUUUGUGUAGGGACAUUGGAUGAUCCGGAGGUGUUGCCGCCCAAGGGAGAGUUCUUCUGUCAGAGUAGGGUUCGUUGGAUGCCUGAGAUUCCGGAUGUUUUCCACAAAAGCAAGAUCAAGGAGUGAUGGGUUUGAUCUGGUAUUUUCCCGAAUCUAGUUUCCUUCUUAUGAAGCUGUUUUAUUAUGAGCAACUCGUAUCCUAGAUAUGUACACUAGAUGAUAUCUUAUGCGAUCUCCGUCACACUCUUAACCACCAUAUCAGGUCGUAUCAGUUUCCCCUGAAUAUGCAGCGCAUUUAAAUAGUCAUUACUGUCCACACGACGAAAACCAUCUUCCAGCG